AUGGCACUGAUUACUGGCUUAUACUACCAUGAGUAUCCCCGGGACAUGGAAACUCUGGGCAGUACUGAGUUUGUUGGUAAGCAUUUUGGUGUUGGCACAACAAUAAGAUAUGAUGAUGUCAAAGCAAAACUUUUAUCGAUGAAGAAAGCUUCUCCAGAUCGAGUGAAGAUGGCGGUCCUCUACUUCUUGUGUAGUGUGCUCAUAGGGAAGAAGAAUCCAGGGAAGCAAGCACCAUCCGUAGAGCCAUUCUUUCUUAGGGCUAUUGAUGAUUUGGACAUGUGUAAAACGUUCCCUUGGGGUCGUUUGGCUUUUGAUGAGAACAUGAAGGACAUCUUUCAUUGUAUGAACCACUUUGGUGGAGUUUUGAGCACAAACCAAUGGGUCUUUCCUAGUUUCGUCAUUCCGUUGGAGGUUCUUGCUUUUGAGGCAAUUCCUGUUCUUAAGGAAAAUUUCCGAGAAGGUGUUAGUAAUGCACAUGCACACCGUCAUUGUCCUCGGAUGUGCAAGAUGAAAUUUAAAGCAAGUCGUAUCAUGGAUGAAGAGAGUCGCUAUGAUGAUGUAGAUGAUCCUGUUGCUGAUGGUUGGACCAAGUGUUUAAUUGAUGAAGAGAAGUCAAUAUGGUUUGAAGAGCUUUACAACCAAGAUUUGGCCACCCGGGAGACAAAUCCGGGAGAUGUGAAUCCGGAAAAUGUGAUUCUGGAAAAUGUAAGUCUGGAAGAUGUGAACCCAGUGGCUCCGGUGAAUUUGGCUCAGCUAGGAGCUAGAUUGGUUCAGCUAGAAGAACAAGUGAAGCAAGGGUUUAAGGAAAUUAUUGAGAAGGUUGAUGGUCUGGAUAACAUAGUUAAAUCUGUGGAAACCUAUGUGAUAUGGGCCUCAGGUGAAAAUGAAUAUUAUACGAAUGAAGGUGUUGGAGAUACGAAUGGAGGUGGCAAUGGAGAUAUGAAUGAAGGUGACAAGGAGCAAUCUGAGAUGAAGCAGGCUGAGAAGGAUAAGGUUGAGAGGGAGCAGGCUGAGAGGGAGCAGGCUGAGAGAGAGCAUGCUGAGAAGGAGCAGGCUGAGAGGGCUAAGACGGAGAAGGCUGAGAGGGCUGAAAGGGCUAAGACGGAGAAGGCUGAGACGGGUGAGAGGGCUAAGGCCGAGAAGGCUGAAAGGGCUAAGACGGCUAAGACCGAGAAGGCUGAGAGGGCUAAGACCGAGAAGGCUAAGAGGGCUAAGGCCGAGAAGGCUGAGCGGGCUAAGGCCGAGAAGGCUGAGAGGAAUAAGGUAGAGAAGGCUGAGAGGGCUAAAGCCGAGAAGGAUAAGACUGAGAGGGCUAAGGCCGAGAAGGAUAAGACUGACAAGGAGCAAGCUGAUAAGGCUGAGAGGGCUAAGGCCGAGAAGGAUAAGGCAGACAAGGAGCAAGCUCAUAAGGCUGAGAGGGCUAAGGCCGGGAAGGAUAAGGCUGACAAGGAGCAAGCUGAUAAGGUUGAGAGGGCUAAGGCUGACAAAGAGCAUGUUGAGAAGGAACAAACUGAGAAGGAAAAGGCUGAGAAAUCCGAGACCGAGAAGGCGAAGGUUGAUGAAGAAAAAGCACAACUUGGUACAACUAAUGAAGAGACAGAACAACUUGGUACAGUUGAAGAAGAGAAAGAACAACUUGGUACAAUUGAAGAAGAGAAAGAACAACUUGGGACAACGGAAGAAGGCCGAGAGGAAGAUGUUGAGAUGGAACAUGAUGUGUUUUGA